AUGGUGGCGGUGGCGGUGUCAGUGGUAGUGAUUGUGAUGAUGCUGGCAGUGGCUGUGGUGGUGAUGACGAUGGGGCUGAUAGUGGGGGUGGUAGUGGUGGUGGAGGUGGUGAUAGUGGGGCUAGUAGUGGGGGCAACGAUGGGUGGUGGUGGCGCUAGGGGCAGGCGACAACGAUUAUUGUGGUGGUGGCGGCAGGGCGACUAUGGUGAUAGUUAG